AUGUCGGGCUCGAUACCGUCGUCGAAACGGCGCAUUGUCGACAUUCACACGCACAUGUACCCCCCAUCGUACAUCAAAAUUCUCGAGUCGCGAACCACGAUCCCCCUCGUGCGGUCAUUCCCGCAGGCAGCCGACCCGCGUCUGAUCCUGCUCAAGGCUGAAGUCGAGUCGCUAGAGGACGCGACCGCCGACCCGUCGUCUACCAGCAAGAAGCUUCCCGGCCGACCGCUGACGUCGCACUAUGCGUCCCUCGAGCAGAAGAUGCACUUCAUGGACACGCAUGGUAUCCACACGUCCGUUGUGUCGCUUGCCAACCCGUGGCUCGACUUCCUGAGCGCGAACGAGUCGGGUCCUAUGGCCGAGUCGGUCAACCGGGAUUUCUCGUCCAUGUGCGCUAAGCACCCGGGCCGGCUAUUCUUCUUUGCGACGCUGCCGCUGACGGCACCGUUGGCAACGAUACGUUCCGCCGUCGAAUACGCCAAGGGGCUCAAGUACUGCCGAGGUGUCAUCCUGGGCACAUCAGGGCUGGGCAAAGGGUUAGAUGACCCGGACCUGGUGCCCAUCUUCGAGGCCCUGGCCGCCGCUGCGCUGCCCGUUUUCCUCCAUCCUCACUACGGACUUCCCGUCGAGAUGUGGGGCCCCCGCGCGAGCGCGGAAUACGGCCAUGUGCUGCCGUUGGCCCUGGGUUUCCCCAUGGAGACCACCAUCGCCGUCACGCGCAUGUACCUGUCUGGCGUGUUCGAAAAGGUACCCCGACUGCGUAUGAUACUAGCCCACAGCGGCGGCACCCUACCCUUCCUGGCUGGCAGGAUCGAGAGCUGCAUUCUGCAUGACGGGCAGCUGGUCGCCGAGGGCAAGGUUGGAAGCGGUCGCCGUACCGUAUGGGACGUCCUCAAGGAGCAGGUGUACCUUGACGCUGUCGUAUAUUCCGAGGUCGGGCUCAAGGCUGCCAUUGACGCCAGCGGCGCUGACAGGCUCAUGUUUGGAACGGAUCACCCCUUCUUCCCACCGCUAACAUCUGACGAGCAGGGCAAGUGGGAGAGUGUCAGCAUGAACGCUGAGGCAGUGGAGAGGGCUGUCGGGAAGGGCUCGUCUGGGGCAGCUGCCAUCAUGGGAGACAAUGCAAUCAAGGUGUUGCGCCUUGACGAGGAUCCGUAG